AUGUCGGCCAAGAGGGCAGAACUGAAGAAAAACCUGAACAAGAAUUACAAGGCCGUGUACCUGGAGCUGAAGCCAGAGCCCAUCAAAACCUGUGACUACAAAGGAAUUAAACCAGAAGGGCCAUUUACCAAACUGGGAGGGACGCGAGAGCUAAAGAAUGAUCUCAGGGAGGUGAGGGAAGAGCUCAAGGAAAAAAUGGAGGAGAUAAAACAGAUAAAAGAUGUAAUGGACAAGGAUUUUGAUAAACUCCAGGAAUUCGUGGAGAUUAUGAAGGAAAUGCAGAAGGAUAUGGAUGAGAAGAUGGAUGUUUUAAUAAAUAUACAGAAAAACACCAAGCUUCCCCUGAGAAGAGCAAAGGAGCACCCCGAAUUCAGGCUCGGAAAGCCAGACGCAGACUCCCAGCUCCGGCUCAGGAAACUGGACGGCGCGGAGGGGGCGGCGCUGUCCGCUCACAGGAAGAACGUGGCCCUGCAGAAACUCAAGAGGGACCCGCUGGACUCCCUCCAUCAGUGUGGGGCCUGCUGUGAGAAAUGUAUGUUGUGUGCCCUAAAGAACAGCUACAGUCGGGGGAGACUUCCACACCAGGCCUGGGCACCCUCCUCGCCCUUGGCAUCUGGAGCUGCGUUCUGA